AAAGAAGUAAAAGAAAUUAUCCCUACAUCCAACCAAACUUCAUAAAAACAAAUACUUAUUUUAAAAUAAAAAGAACAUUUCAAUUUCGAACAAUAAAUUUUUUAUAUACAAAAAGCAACAAAAGAAAACAUCCACAGCCGACCAUAGACAUAUUUUACAUCAAAAUGGAAUACAACGAAACCCUCUACGAGGGUCCACACAUAGGGCUCCGGUCCCCAAACCUAACCAACUCCACGGUCACCCUGCAGGAGAGCUUCGAGAUUGACUUAGAGGAUACCAACUGGAUUCUCACCAAUUCUUUCAUAAUCUUCACAAUGCAAACUGGAUUCGGGAUGCUGGAGUCAGGUUGUGUUUCCAUAAAAAAUGAGGCUAACAUCAUGAUGAAGAACUUGGCAGACAUCUCUCUCGGUGGUCUAACCUACUGGAUCUUCGGUUACGGCAUGUCCUUCGGCCAGGGCCCGUAUUCCAACUCCUUCAUAGGACUGGGCGACUUCCUGGUGGACCCGCCGGUGGGGGACGCUCUCAUGGGGCCAGUGCUGGCCUCGUUCCUGUUCCAGCUGUCCUUCGCGACCACCGCCACUACCAUAGUCAGCGGCGCUAUGGCCGAGAGAUGCAACUUCAAGGCAUACUGCCUGUUCUCGUUCCUCAACACCAUUGUGUACUGCGUGCCGGCCGGGUGGGUGUGGGGCUCCCACGGGUUCCUCAACAAGAUGGGCGCCGUCGACAUCGCCGGCUCUGGACCUGUUCAUCUUAUUGGUGGCUCGUCGGCCUUCGCGUCCGCACUGAUGCUGGGCCCUCGCCUGGGUAGAUACGAGAAGGGCCUGGCUCCGCUUCCUCUAGGGAACCCGGUCAAUGCUGUGAUGGGAACCUUUGUACUGUGGUGGGGUUGGCUGGCUUUCAACUCUGGCAGUACCUACGGGGUAAGCGGUGCCAAAUGGCAGUACGCAGCGCGAGCAGCCGUAAUGACAAUGAUGGGUUCCUUCGGCGGAGGAGUUUUCGGCUUGUUAUAUACGAUGAUAAAGAACAAAGGGAAAGCCGAAGUUAUGGAUCUCAUUAACAGUGUUUUAGGAUCUCUGGUCUCAAUUACAGCUGGCUGUUUCCUGUAUCGUGCAUGGGAAGCCAUUUUGAUUGGUAUGAUUGGCGCUUGUAUCGCGAUUGUGACCUGCCCGCUGUUCGACCGGAUCAAGGUCGACGACCCCGUCGGCGCCUCUGCCGUGCACGGCGCCUGCGGCUUCUGGGGAGUGCUCGCCGUUGGUCUAUUUGCUGACAAUCCAAUUCCGAUGGAAACGACCAAUGGGAGAUCUGGUCUCUUCAAAGGUGGUGGCUGGUACCUCCUAGGCGUGCAAGCGCUAACAGGCGUCUGCCUCAUGACCUGGGCGUCUCUGGUCACCGUGGCGCUGCUCUGGCUCAUAGACAAGAUAAUGCCGAUCAGAAUGGACCCGUAUGAGGAGCUGCUGGGGGCAGACUUGACUGAGCACAGAAUACGGCAUGGACAAGUGGGAGUGUCCCGCGCAGUGUCAGCCUUACGACCGUUCCACCGCUCGCACAGUAUCGAGGGGGUUGACGGCAUCGGCGUCAACUCUGGACACACUAUUAUUUUGGACAAGCUCAGUGAAAUUAACAACCAAAAAUUAAAAGAAGGUAACCUAAAAAUGUUCACAAACAACGCAUUCGAAGACCAUGGACAAGGAAGAAAAAGAAAAGGACUGUUGAAUCAUGCCAGCAACCCGGCUAAUGAUCUCCACCGCGCUCUAGACUCUAUGGUUCUAGAAAUGAAUGGCGCGAAAUUCAAAAAUAGAACCAACGGAGAAAGUUCAAAAACGCGAAUAGCGCCUGAGGAGUUGAAAGGGAAAAAGUUGAAAGAAUUAUCUGUUCAGGAAUUGGAAGAUGUUGAAGAAAUAAAUGCAAAUAUGGACAGAUUUCGACAUAGAUUUGGGGAGGAUGAUUAUAAAAGGGAUGUGAUGCGCGCUAAUAGUAAUAUUCGAUGGAUUGAUUAGUGCAAUUUUGUGUAAAUUCUUUUGGAACGUAUGUAUAUGUGGUCGUCCAAAUCAAAAGGGACCUUAUGGCGCCUGGCACUUACGCCAUUAUUUUGUUUUGGAACAACGGCGAUAAAGAUCUGAGUGCUAGCCGCCAUAAGGUCCCUUUUGAUUUGGACGACCAAAUAUUUUUGUUUAUGAAAAACUAGUCUUAUUAAAAAAAGUGUUAACAAAAGAUCCAUUCUAUAGAAAUAAUUUAUUCAGAAAUUAGUCCUUCAUUUUAAAUUCUAUAUAAUAAAUCUGAAAGCUGCAAACUAUUUGCAUUUUGGAACGACCACUGCUGAGAAGAAAAGCCGAAAGAAACUCAUUUCAACUUUUUGGUUCCCUAUCAUGCCAGAGGGGCUUACCAUUAAAUUUUUUUAUUUAGUUUUUUAUCAGUAAUAUAACAAAAUUGUAACGAUACGAAAAGUAAACAUAAACAUGUUACAAUGUUGAUUGUGAUAGAACGCUGUGAAAGAAAUAGGAAUAUAAUAAUAUUAAAUAAUGAUUAUAACCGAACAAAAUAUACGAUAAUCGAGCAGACUAGCUGCACUAUGCACGAGUUGACGCAUGAUAGACGCUUACGAUUUAUAUGCAUUCGAAUCUCGAUUAGAAAUGAUAUUUUUAAUAUGAAACGAUAGUCAAUACCAUAGACAAGCAUAAUUGCAGUAGGUAACUAAAACAAAUAUUACUUAGAUAAAUCAGUUAAUAUUACAAAACACAAAGUACUCUCCCGCGUCUGUCGGCACGGAUGAGAUUGUGUGAUUCCGUGAGGAAGGUAUGAUUCAAUAUGUUUUUAACCGAGCGAAACCGUGACAGGUCGCUAGUAUUAUAAUAGUAUAGAAUUCUGUCAUAACUUGUCAUAUGUAAAUAUAUGGCCAUCCAAAUCAAAAGGGCGUUAUAAUCAAAGGACAUUAUGGCACCCGGCACUUACGCCAUUAUUGCCGUUGUUUUGUAUUCGAAGAAAGGCAAUAAAGACCUAAGUGCCAGCCGCCUUAAGGUCCCUUUUGAUUUGGACGGCCACAUAAGAUCAGUAAGGUUUCUUAGCAAAUAAAAUAAAAAAUGUUUCAAAAA